GGGGUCCCGGCCCGCGAGACUCCGCUGCUGCGGGGGCCUUGCGGGGCGGGGCCGGGGGCGGGGCCGGGCCGGCGGGACUGGGGCUUGGGGCGCUGGGCCGGGACCCGCACGGCGGGGGAGGGCUCAGGUGACGCGGGCCGGGAUCGAGCCCCGCAGCGCACCCCCGACUUGGAGUGUGGGUCCCCGUGUACCGUCGGCGGCGUUCCCGCUCUCCCCUGUCCGGGAGCUGGUGGUCACCAUGGCAAUGCGGGAGCUGGUGGAGGGCGAAUGUGGGGGUGCCAACCCGCUCAUGAAGCUGGCCACCCACUUCACCCAGGACAAGGCCCUUCGGCAGGAGGGACUGAGGCCUGGCCCCUGGCCCCCAGGAGCCACAGCUGCGGAGACGGUGUCCAAGCCUUUGGGAGUAGGUUCUGAAGAUGAGUUGGUGGCAGAGUUCCUGCAGGAUCAGAAUGCACCCCUUGUAUCCCGUGCACCUCAGACCUUCAAGAUGGAUGAUCUCCUGGCGGAGAUGCAGGAGAUCGAGCAGUCAAACUUUCGCCAGGCUCCUCAGAGAGCCCCUGGUGUAGCAGACUUGGCCUUGUCGGAGAACUGGGCCCAGGAGUUUCUUGCGGCUGGGGAUGCUGUGGACGUAGCACAGGAUUAUAACGAGACUGACUGGUCCCAAGAAUUCAUUGCCGAAGUUACAGACCCCUUGUCUGUGUCCCCUGCCCGAUGGGCUGAGGAGUAUCUGGAACAGUCUGAGGAGAAGCUGUGGUUGGGAGAGCCGGAAGGAACAUCUACUGCCGAUCGCUGGUACGAUGAAUAUCAUCCUGAGGAGGAUCUGCAGCAUACAGCCAGUGACUUUGUGUCCAAGGUGGAUGACCCCAAAUUGGCUAACUCUGAGUUCCUGAAAUUCGUGCGGCAGAUUGGCGAGGGGCAGGUGUCCCUGGAGUCCGCUGCAGGGUCGGGCCGAGCUCAGGCAGAACAGUGGGCAGCAGAGUUUAUGCAGCAGCAGGACACCUCAGAGGCCUGGGUUGAUCAGUUCACAAGACCAGGAAACAACACGUCUGCCCUUGAUGUGGAAUUUGAACGAGCCAAGUCAGCUAUAGAGUCUGAUGUCGAUUUCUGGGACAAGUUGCAGGCAGAGUUGGAGGAGAUGGCAAAACGGGAUGCUGAGGCACACCCCUGGCUUUCUGACUAUGAUGACCUCACAUCCGCUUCCUACGACAAGGGGUACCAGUUUGAGGAAGAGAACCCCCUGCGUGACCACCCUCAGCCUUUUGAAGAAGGACUGCAUCGACUCGAGGAGGGAGAUCUGCCCAAUGCUGUGCUGCUUUUUGAGGCUGCCGUGCAGCAGGAUCCUAAGCACAUGGAGGCUUGGCAGUAUCUGGGUACCACCCAGGCUGAGAAUGAGCAGGAGCUCCUGGCUAUCAGCGCCCUGCGGAGGUGUCUGGAGCUAAAGCCAGACAACCGUACAGCGCUGAUGGCUCUGGCGGUGAGCUUCACCAAUGAGUCCCUGCAGCGGCAGGCCUGUGAGACCCUGCGAGACUGGCUGCGCUACUCACCGGCCUAUGCCCACCUGGUGGCUCCCGGCGAGGAAGGGGCCAGUGGGCCAGGGCUGGGGCCUGGCAAGCGUGUCUUGGGCUCUCUGCUGUCUGACUCCCUGUUCCUUGAGGUGAAAGAACUCUUCCUGGCGGCUGUGCGUCUGGACCCUACGUCCAUUGACCCCGAUGUGCAGUGUGGCUUAGGAGUGCUCUUCAACCUGAGUGCGGAGUACGACAAGGCUGUGGACUGCUUCACGGCUGCCCUCAGUGUUCGUCCCAAUGACUAUUUGCUGUGGAACAAACUUGGGGCCACCCUGGCCAAUGGGAACCAGAGUGAAGAAGCAGUGGCUGCAUACCGCAGAGCGCUUGAACUACAGCCUGGCUAUAUCCGGUCUCGGUACAACCUAGGCAUCAGCUGCAUCAACCUGGGGGCGCACCGUGAAGCUGUGGAACACUUUCUGGAGGCCCUGAACAUGCAGAGGAAGAGCCGGGGCCCUCGGGGUGAGGGGGGCGCCAUGUCAGAGAACAUCUGGAGUACCCUGCGAUUGGCAUUAUCUAUGUUAGGCCAGAGUGAUGCCUAUGGGGCAGCUGAUGCUCGGGAUCUGUCUGCCCUCCUAGCUAUGUUUGGCCUGCCCCAGUGACAGUGGGAUGGGCUGCCCUGUGAGUGUCUGCCUAGAGGGGUUCUCGCUCUGGGUGUGACUCCCUCUCCUUCAAUGGGCCUACCAAGGGGUUGGGCUGAUGACCACAAGCGGUACGACCUCUCAGGAGCUGCCUCGAUAUAGGGGUGAUAGUCUGUGUCCUAGGUCCUACAUAAUUGUAGGGAAUGAGCUGUCUCUGUCCCUUGGUAAUUCAAGGGCUGUAUAUCCAGCUACAGAUCUCUUUCUGCUCAUCAUGCCCUUUCUUGGUGCUGCUUUUUGGGUAGGACCCAAUGACAUAGGGAAAUUGUUGUCAUCAGCUGCCAUAAUUUAUGAUAGGGUCUGCCACGUUUGUAAGUCUCUCCUUGCCCUGCUCUUACUGGGAAUUGGUGACAGUCCAGCUUCCUCGGGCAGUUGUGUGAUGCUGUGUGGGAUGGAUGUUAACUGCAGUGUUGAUGCGGCUCCACAGAGCUGAGCUGGGAUUCUCUGUGGAUGGACACUGACCAGUGGAUGCUCCUGUGGUCACUGGUGUCCUCAGGCCGGAGCUCAUGACUGCAGGCUACAAGGGAGGGAGGCUCAUUGGUGGAGUGAGCCCAGAGUCUGAGGUGGGACAGUAGGGGGUGUGGUCAGUCCUGCAGUCCCCUCUUCUCCUUGAGAAGUAGGAACUGAACAAACUCUUGUAGCAAACUGGCUCAGAAGUUGUAUUCUUGCCAAAUUCCCAACAAAGGGAGGGGUCAGAGUUACCAUAAGCCUUCCUGAAACAUUUGUAGGGGAUAGCACUGAAAAGUCCCCUCCCCCACAUUACCUCCACAAGGUGAAGAUCAAGGGACACUGAGGGAGCAGCUGGAUUCUUCUCCACUGUCCUCUGUGUGGGGAGACACACAGGCCCCCACAAGUGACUGCUGAGCCUCUUGCCUUGUCUUCAGGAGCUAAUGAUCGGAGAUUUUUUUUUUUUAAACUGCCAUGGUCCCAAGGUUCCAUCUUGAAAUU